AGCAACCGACGCAAGCGGCAACAAACGCCCCUGAGGAGGGCGGGAGUCCCGGGCCGGCUUCAUUCGCCACUCUGAGUUUGAUGAGCACACACACCCUGACAGCACCAUGAAAGCCUACGUGUCCUCGUACGCCAAGAAUGCGGCCCUUCGCAAAGUCCACGAGAGGGAUUGUAUGAGCAGUAAGGCUAUCAUUGGGACAGGAUCCAGACAACUUCUGAGUUUACCCUUGGGGGCCAAGUUACCCUUGCUUCCAGGGAGUGGAGUCCUGCUAUAUACAACAAACCUGGGUGAAAAGCUUCAUCAACCCUCGAGUGAAUUCAACCUCACAGACCCCAAUUUGCACCUACUGAAACUGAACUACAAAAGUCUUCAUGAUCCUUAUUUGAAUAAUUAUUACAGGCGAAAAGAUAUCCUUAAAAAGUUAAAAAAUCAGGGGCUUAUUACAGAAAAUAACAAGAUUAUAUGCAGUUUGAAGGAAUUUAAUGAGUAUAGAGAUUACCUAGCCAGUAUCAGAUUAGAUUUUGAAAGAAAAUAUGCACAUGAACAGCGACUUCUUCUGAAACAAUUACUGAAUCUUCAAGAUCAAGGUAUCGCGCAGGGGGUAACCCUUUCUGAUCUGCAGGAAUGGCUCACAAAUGAAUCCAAGAAAAAUAUAAGCAGAAAAGCUCUGAGGGAAAGGUUUUUCAAAAUGAUCGAAACAGAAGAAAACAUCAAGGACUUGAUAAAAGAACAGAAAUGCUGUGCUGUUCUGGCAGCCGGAACCAAAGAUGCAACACAAGGUUCAAAAGAAUUGGUACAUCAAAUUCAACAAGAGGAGCUGAAUAUAAAGGAGAGGUCAGUUUUGAUGCGACUUGAAGAAGAUGUAAAGAGUGAGUUUAAUCUGGAAAAGAGAAGAAGAAAAGCUAAGGAAGAUAGGGCGAGAAGGAGGCAAGAAUCAUUUGAAAAGAAAAUGGACCACCAAAUUCAAAAACUCCGUGAGUUUAUUGAGCGACAAGAGCAGUACGAUCGAUGCAGAGGAGAAGUUCGUGACCGUGGAGAUGGUGAACCCAGGGUUAAAAGAGUGAAAAAAGUGAAGAAACCCGACCCAAGAUGUUUGGAUGAGAAAUGGGCCCGCCUAUCCAGAGGUGAAUGUGCAUUAGCCCCUGAUUUUGCAGUGGUUCAAGAAAAGGCAGACUUGAAAGUUCCUACAAAACCUAUGAUGACCUUGGAAGAACUAAACAGAUUAAUUCAGAAUAUAAUAACUUUUGUUGUGGGAGUACUGACCAACAUCAUCUAUCCAGCACUUCAGAAAUAUGAAGAAAUUAAGGCAGACCUUAAUAAGCCUCAAGAUGUCCCUGACGAUGUUGAAUAUGUAUCUGAUCAAGAGGUCACAGACGUUCCAGAUGUCCCCGAGGUUAAAAAGCAAAAAAUUCCUCCCAAAGCUCGUGAACUUGCUGAUCAUGAAACUGGUACUGAAGAAGUUGAAUUGUCUGAAAAGGAAAUUGAAACAGACUUAUAUGAACUGUCUGAGAUAGGUAUUGAAACGGAAUUAUUUGAAAUGUCUGAAAAGGAAGUUGAAACUGAAUUGCUUGAAAUGUCUACUAAAGAAGUGGAAACAGAUUUACUAGCACUGUCUGACAAGGAAAUGGAAACUGACAUGGUUGCAUUACCUGAAAAGGAAUUGGAACCAAAGUUAAUGCAUUAUUCUGAAAUAGGAAUUGAAACCGAUUUCCUUGAUUUGUCUGAAAUGCAAAUCGGAACUGAAUUAAUUGAAUAUGCUGAUACGGAAACGGAAACAGAAGGAAUUAAGGCUGCUGAAAAAGAAAUUGAAACUGAUGUAAUUGAAGUCGAUGAAAAGAAUGUUGGCACCGAAGAGGAACAAGCGAAGAAGGAGGAGAUCAAGGAAAAGGUGAUUGAGAAAAAGGAGGUGGUCGAGGAAAAGGUGGUCGAGGAAAAGGAGGUGAUUGUGGAAAAGGAGGUGAUUGAAGAAAAGGUGGUCGAGGAAAAGGUGGUUGAAGAAAAGGAGGUGAUCGUGGAAAAGGAGGUGAUUGAAGAAAAGGUGGUGGUCGAGGAAAAGGUUGUUGAGGAAAAGGUUGAAGAAAAGGAGGUGAUUGUGGAAAAGGAGGUGAUUGUGGAAAAGGAGGUGUCCGAGGAAAGCCUUGAGUCUGAGGAAAGUGAAGAGUCGAGUGAAAGUGAAGUACUCGUUGAGAGCAUGGAAUCCACUGAGUGUGAGGACGUCUCAGAGGUUCAAGAGGAUGAUGAUUCUGACAAGAGGCCAGGAAGCAUUUCAAGCCUAGUUUCUUCCAUAGCCCAAGAAGAUGCUAAAACCCCGACUCCUAGGAAAGAUCUGGAAGUUGCUGCAAGAAGCCAAGUAGUUGCUGAAAGUGAAGAAAUCACUGAAGACGUAGAUGUUUCUGAAGACCAAGUUUCCGAAGACCUAGAAUCGACAGGAAGCCUAGAUGCUGAUGAGGCCCAGAAAGCUAUAGAGGACCAAGAUGCCAUUGAAAGACAAGAAGCUGCCAAAAAAUCAGUGGCCUCCAAAGUUCAUGAUGUUGAAAUCCAAGAAAAAAAAAUUGUUAUUGAAAGCCGGAGUUCCUCCAUAAGCCAAGAUUCCCUUGACACAGAAACACCAGAUUUCAAAGAACCUAUGUCAACUGGUCAAGCUUCUCCAUCAGAGAUCAGUGACAUUGCUGAUGAAUUGGUCAAUGAUGCCAUUGCAUCAUUUAAUGAAGAUCCUCUAAGUUCACCUAUGAAACUACUGCCCUCUCUCAAUUACUUUUGUGACAUUUUAAGUAAAUCGUGUGAAAAGACAGAUGUGGAUAAUCGAGAUGUCCUGGCUAUUUGCAGAUCACAAAUACUUCCAGCAGCUGAAAAUGUUCUAAGGGCAAGCCUAGACAAAUUAACUGAGGAACACCCGCAUCUUGUAUAUAUCCUCACUGGUUUUCCAAGUACACAAAAAACACAUGUGAAUUCCAGGAAAUUAAUAUUAAAUUGCAAAGUCCAUUGUCUUUCUAUCGAUAUUGUAAAUAAUAUUCUUCAGAAACUGCGUUGUAUUCUCAGAGGCGAUGUAAUUGAAACUAUCUUAAAAAACAAACCAACAACCUCAUGUUUAUAUGAUAAGGAUAAUGCCACAGCUAAAACUGAACAGGUUCCUAGUUGUGAAGCAGAAGCAAAAGCACCAAGCCCCCAAAAUGAUGAGCUAUGCCUACUUAAUGCAGAACAAGAGUUUACCACCCCAUAUGUACAUAGAAUCUGUUUGGAAACUACAAAUGAACUGCCCAGUUUCAGUCCAGAAUUAUCACCAUGUUCAGAAGUAUUCUGUGUCAUUGAAGAAAUGAAUAAGUAUGUAUCGACAAGAGUUGAAACUGUCACUUCUUCCAAGAUGAAACCAGUCAUUUGCGCAGAUGCCCCUGUGUCACCAUGUGAAAGCCCAGUAAUAGAUUUUAAUGAGGAAGCUAAGGAUAUAGUAAUCCAUAUCCUAAAAGCAAUUCACAAUGAAGUGAAAAUAAAAGCUGUCGCAAGACUUAAAGCUGGAACUGAUAUGUCUCUGCUGAAAGAAUCUAUUUUAGUCGAUGAAAUACUUGAAGCCAUUUUGAAUGCUCUUACUGGUAAAAAAGCCGACGAUUUCACUAAACUAAAAUUGGAGAGAAGAGCAAAGUCAAGACCACCAGCUGCGCCCGAAACAAAACCUAAGCCGAAAAAAAGACAUAAAAAAGUGACCACACCCAAAAGUGAAACACUUCCAGCUGUCAAUAUCCCUGGAAUGGUCAUUUAUCCACAAAUGGAGGAAGUUGAUAUUCCACCCACUAAAGCCCCACCAAAACAAAAGCCACAGAAAAAAGCUGAGGAAUCAAAAAAGGUUACAAAACCACCCAGGAGAGAUACCAAGGCACCCGUUCAGCACGAUCUUAAUGAGGAGGAACUUGCUUAUAAACCAAAGGAUAUUCCUGAAGGGACCUUGUUGGAGAAAUUGUUCAAGAAAUCUGAGGGAACCUCAACGGAUUCUCGUCCUGCAAUGAAAUCAAGAGAAAUGCAAACCCUGCCAAAAAAAUGUUUUACCAAAGACAAAAAAAUACAAACAAAGCAUAAAAAGGAAAAACAAUUACAGGUAGGCAAAAGCUUGAAACAACGUAAAGCCAAAGACUCAAAACAAACUAGCAAAGAUACGAAACAAUCGGUAGAUAAAGAUCCAAAGUCAUUAUCGCAGAAGGAAUCAAAAGUACCAGGCAAAGACACGAAGCAACAAUUGGAUAAGGAAUCAACAAAAUUACCAGACAAAGAAUCAAAACAAAUACCAGGAAAAGAUGCUGAAAAACCAUCAGGUAAAGAAUCUGACAAGAUGCAAGUACCGGAUAAAAAAAAGGGACCUUCACCAGACAAGGAAACAACACCUCGACCAGAUCAAGAAUCAACAGUAAUACCAGACAAAAAAUCAGCACCACUACCAGACAAGCAAUCAACAUUACCACCACAGAAAGAAUUAAUAUCCCCUCCUGAUGAACAUUUAGCAUCAUCAGGACAUCAAGAAUCAACAGUAGUACCAGACAAAAAAUCAACCCCAUUACCAGAUAAGGCACCAGUACCAUCAUCAGCUAAAGAGUCAUCAGUAGUACCUGCCAAGGAGUCAGCACCACCAACAGACAAGGUGUCAGCUCCACCAAUAGCCAAGGAGUCAACUGAACCAACAGAGAAGGAACCAGCUCCAUCAACACCCAAGAAACCAUCUCCACCAAUAACCAUGGAAUCAUCUCUAUCAACAGCCAGGGAGUCAGCUUCACCAACAGAUAAGGAGUCAUCUUCACCAACAGACAAGGAGUCGGUUCCAUCAGCAGCCAAGGAGUCGGUUUCCACCAGCAGAUAAGGAGUCUGCACCACCAACAGAUAAGA